AUGAAGUCGAAAACAAUUGAUUCUUUUUUUAAAAAGAAAAGUACAGAGACUACACAAUCACCUUCAGAAGCAUCUCAAAUUGAGGUACCACCUUCAUCGUUUGCUCCUUUAAACUCUGAUGCUCGUCCUUCUAAAAUUCCUAGAGUUGAAGAUGAGGCACUUGAUUUGUCUAACUUAGAACGUGAACUUGGGUUAUGUAAGCAAAUAUAUGAGUAUCCAGUUAAUAUGCGUGAUGAAAUUCGAAGAGCUUAUAUUAAGGCUGGACCUUAUCAACCUAUUCUUUCAGAAUAUCCUACUUCCAAUUCAAAAAAGCAUCCUCGUUAUUUUCAACCAUCAUGGUUUAAACAAUUUUCCUGGUUAGAAUGUUCACCUUCUAAAGAUGUAGUAUUUUGUUUGCCUUGUUUUCUUUUUAAUAGCAAUCCAACUAGUCGUUUUGGAUCAACUGCAUUUACUCAUAAUGGCUUUAGUAAUUGGAAAAAGGUACACAAUGGAUGCAAUUGUGCUUUUUUGACACAUACGGGAAAAGAUCCGAAUUCACUGCAUAACAAUGCACAACGAGCUUAUGUAGAUUUAAUGAAUCAAGCUCAACAUAUUGAAGUAUCACUUGAUAGACAAACUACACAACAAAUUUCAGCUAAUUGUCUACGUCUGAAAACUAGUAUAGAUGUUGUUCGAUGGUUGUCAUUUCAAGGGUGUGCUUUUAGAGGUCAUGAUGAAAGCUCGGGAUCAAAAAAUCAUGGGAACUUUCUUGAACUAUUAUCACUAUUAGCAUCGUAUGAUGAGAAAGUUAAAGAUGUUUUGAAAAGUGCUCCACAAAAUGCUAGUUAUACUUCUUCAACAAUACAAAAAGAGAUAUUACAAAUUUAUGCCAAUAGAGUUCGUAAUGUAAUUCAUGAAGAAAUUGGUGACAGAAAGUUCAGCAUUAUUGUGGAUGAAGCGAGAGACGAGUCGAAAAAAGAGCAAAUGGCAAUUAUUUUGAGAUUUGUUGAUAAACAAGGACAGGUAAAAGAACGAUUUUUUGAUAUAGUCCAUGUUAAAGAUACUGCAUCAUUGACUUUGAAGAAUGUAAUUUUUAAUGUUCUCUUGCAACAUAGUUUUGACAUACAAAAUAUCCGAGGUCAAAGCUAUGAUGGGGCAAGUAAUAUGCGUGGGGAAUUUAACGGCUUGCAAGCUUUGAUUUUGAAGGAUUGUCGAUAUGCUUAUUAUGUUCACUGUUUUACUCAUCGUCUUCAGUUAGCUUUGGUUGCAUCAGCUAGAGAAGUGGUUGAAGUGCAUCAAUUUUUUAAAAACUUGUCUGAUAUUGUUAAUAUUGUUUCGGCUUCUUCCAAACGACACGAUGAAUUACAAAAAGCCCAAGCAGCUGAAAUAUCUCGCUUGGUAUCCAUCAAUGAGUUAGCAACUGGAACAAGAAUGAAUCAGAUGGGCACUUUACAACUUCCUGGUGAGACUCGAUGGAGUUCCCAUUUAAAUUCAGUUACUAGUUUACUGAAGAUGUACAAUGCUACUAGCACAAUUCUUGAAAAUCUAAAAAAUACCACUUCUAACUAUUCUCAACGAGGAGAUGCUCAUAACGCAUAUAAUAGUUUGAGAUCUUUUGAGUUUAUUUUUAUUUUGCAUGUGAUGAAAGAAGUUUUAGGGAUUACUGAUAAACUUUGUCAAGCUCUGCAACGUCGUUCUCAAGAUAUAUUAAAUGCCAUGAGUUUAGUUUUGACAACGAAAGAUUUAAUUCAAAAGUUGAGAGAUGAUGGAUGGAAUGAAUUGUUGAAAAAUGUGAUAUCUUUUUGUGAAUCUUCGGAGUUGGAUUUUCCAGAUAUGAAUGCUCAAUACAUUGUAGGUCGUAGUCACAACAAGAAGGAAGAUGUUACAGUGGAGCAUCAUUAUCGAGUGGAUAUAUUUUUUGCUACAAUAGAUACUCAUUUGCAAGAAUUGAAGAGUAGGUUUAACGAAAAUGUUGUCGAGCUUCUCACUCUUACUAUAGCUUUAGAUCCCAAGGAGUUUUUUAAGUUAUUUGAUAUUGAUAAAAUUUGCAUUCUUGUGAACAAGUUCUAUCCAGAAUAUUUUUCUCAACAAGAGAAAGAACGUCUCCCAUAUGAGUUGAAGCAUUAUGAACUUGAUGUAUUUUCAACAGCAUCCUUAGAACGUGCUUUUUCUGCUAUGAAGAUUGUGAAGACUCGACUUCGUAGCAAGAUGAAAGAUGAUUUUUUAAGAAGUUCUUUGGUUAUGUACAUUGAGAAAGAAAUUGCAAAAAAGUUUGAUAUAAACGAAAUAAUUGAUGAUUUUAGUAAGGUCAAUGAUCGAGGAGUGCAAUUCAAAUAA